AUGGUUUCAACUCAAAGACAAGGCCUAGUUGAGAACAGCGCUCUGAGGAGCCUGGCUAAGGUUGACCACUAUGCCAUCAUCAAGUUCCCCCUCACCACGGAGUCAGCCAUGAAGAAAAUAGAAGACAACAACACAGUGGUGUUCAUUGUGGAUGUCAAGGCCAACAAGCACCAAAUUAAACAGGCUGCGAAGAAGCUCUAUGACAUUGACCUGGCUAAGGCCAACACCCUGAUCAGGCCUGAUGGAGAGAAGAAGGAAUAUGUUCAACUGGCUCCUGACUAUGAUGCUUUGGAUGUUGCCAACAAAAUGGGAUCAUCUAAACUGAGUCCAGCUGGCUAA